AUGGCGCAUCUGGCAGCCGAUGACUGGGAUGCGAUCAAAUGUUUCAUUGGCGAACGGGCCAGUAUCCUGGACUGCAAAGGACCGGCAGGACAUACCGGUCCUGACGGUUCGCGCUGGUACAGUCUGGACGGUGUCUGGGAGAUCCGGGGCUUCGUCAUGUGCGAGGCAUGCUACUCUGACCUAAUAACAUGGAACCACUUGAAACGAUACUUUACCACCGGUCCAACGAUCAAAUCCGAUGAAGGGAUGUGGACGUGCGAUGCGGCGGUGCCGGUGGUCAAGGAGGGGCUGCGACGCGCCAUCGCUUCCCCGGAUCACUGGGAGGACUUGCACAUCCUGUUCAAAAGACGGAUGGAGUAUCCUGGCUGCGUCGAGAUGAGAAACCUCCAAGCCGGCUCGACACACUGGUAUGGCUCUAAAGCGGUGCCCGGCCUGAUCGUCUGCACUGCAUGCUACCUGGACUAUUUCGUGCUGGACCACGCCAGGUCGUGGGACCUCCUUUCUCUCUGUCCGGAUCAGGAACGGCGGGUUCGCCAAUGUGCAAUGGACACAUGGCAUAUGAAAGUGGCCUGGACUGUCUGCACGCGCAUCGGCAGCGAUAACCACACCGACGAAUACGACGGCUUCGAGGCGGUGGCCAGAGCCAUCCUCGGGUCUCCUCCCUGCAGCACAGAGGACAUGCGCGAUGCCAUCUGGUACGCGCCACGGGACUAUCACGGCGACGCAUUCGCCAUCUGCCACGGCUGCGUCGUCGCCUCCAUGGUCGCACCCGGUUUCUUCCAGGAGUUCAAGCAAGUCCACUACCCCCGCAACAAAGACUGGGUCUGCGACUUCAAUCCCGCCGCGCCGCGAUCCUCCAAGUAUACAUCCCUGUACGAUGCGGCCGUGACCGUAGGCAACUUCUCCAUCUUCUCCGACUAUGUGUCCGCGUAUGCGGCCCUCGCGGAGUGUCCGCGGAACGAACCCUUCAAAAACCGCAGGUGGUACGGGAAGAACGCCUUCGACAAUACCUUUACGAUCUGCGAGCUGUGCUACAAGGACGCCGUCGAGGGGACGCGGCUAGCCAAUCGACUCGACUCCGACGUCGUCCCAGACGAGGCCCGAUGCCAGAUGUACUCGCCGCGCAUGCGGGACCUGUGGCGCCGAGCAUGCCAGACCAACGACCUGGACUCGUUCCUUGUGCUGGCAAAGGAGCGCAUGCAUACUUAUCUGUUCAUGCAGAUGGAGAAGCAGAGGGUUGAGUUCGGGCAGCUUAUGCGCAUGCAGCAGCGGCAGACGCUCAUGCUGGCGUCGACCAUCAACCAGGGGACAGAGGGGUUUGCGUCUGUCGCUACGAGCAAUGGGGGGCCGAUGUUUGGGAACCGGACGAUAGGGUUUAACUGGCAUAGUGCGGCUGGGGCUCAGGCUCAUCAGCAGUUCCAGCAGGCGUUGGGGAUUAAUGUCGUGCAAACAGGGGAUAGUACGGAAUUGAUGUCUUUGAUGCAGAGAUGGGCAGAACUGGAGUAA